GUGAACCUUCCAUUGAGCCGGAAUGCAUACAGGAUAGCGAUUGCCCAUUGAAUCUCGCUUGUAUUAACAACAAAUGUCAAGACCCGUGCGUGUCUGCUGGUAUGUGUACCAGUGAACAGGAGUGCAGAGUCCUGAACACAGAACCGCUUCGUACGAUGAUCUGCUUGUGUCCACCGAAUACAAUCACUGAUAUUAACGGCCAGUGCAAGCAGAUUGUGUUGGUCGACGUACAAUGUCAUUUAGAUCAAGAUUGCGCCAAUCACGAGACGUGUCUGGACGGAAAAUGCGUAGAUGCCUGUUUGACAACUCAGUGCGGUUUUAACGCGCAAUGCAAAUCCACAUCUCACACUGGUAUCUGCUUCUGUUCUCAGGACUUUACCGGCAAUGCUUAUAUAGAAUGCAUAAGAG